CCUGAUUCGAAGAGUGGAAACCGGGAGUCGAGGACCCAGAGAGAAGAAAAAGCGCUACUCCAGUCGGCCCCUCCGGCUGCGGCUGGCUCCUUUGCGAGUGGACUUUGUUUUUUAGGUUUUUCUUGUAUUUCUUUCUUUUCUCUUUAAUACUCCAAUCCUUUCCUUCUCUGUAAAAGUCUUAUCCACAACAGAGAGUCGGAGACGGAGAGGAGGAUCGAGUUCGAUGGGGACGAUUAGCGAUCCGACCCUGGACGGGUCAGAGGAGCAGCAAAAGCGCUCGGAGAUCUACACCUACGAGGCCCCCUGGCACAUCUACGCCAUGAACUGGAGCGUUCGCCGCGAUAAGAAGUACCGACUCGCCAUCGCCAGCCUCCUCGAGCAGUACCCCAACCGAGUCGAGAUCGUCCAACUUGACGAUUCCACCGGCGAGAUCCGCUCCGACCCAAACCUCUCCUUCGAGCACCCCUACCCACCCACCAAAACCAUCUUCAUCCCCGACAAGGAGUGCCAGAAACCCGAUCUCCUCGCCACCUCCGGCGACUUCCUCCGCGUCUGGCGAAUCGCCGAUGACCGAGUCGAGCUUAAUAGUCUCCUUAACGGCAAUAAGAACAGCGAGUUCUGCGGCCCACUCACUUCCUUCGACUGGAACGAAGCAGAGCCCAAACGCAUCGGUACGUCAAGCAUCGACACCACGUGCACCAUCUGGGACAUCGAGAGAGAAACCGUCGAUACCCAAUUGAUCGCCCACGAUAAAGAGGUCUACGACAUCGCCUGGGGCGGCGUCGGAGUCUUUGCUUCGGUUUCCGCAGAUGGGUCUGUCAGGGUCUUUGAUUUGAGGGACAAGGAGCACUCCACCAUCAUCUACGAGAGCUCGGAGCCCGAUACGCCUCUGGUGCGCUUGGGGUGGAACAAGCAGGACCCGAGGUACAUGGCAACCAUAAUCAUGGACAGUGCCAAGGUGGUGGUGCUAGAUAUCCGGUUUCCGACGCUGCCGGUGGUGGAGCUGCAGAGACACCAGGCGAGCGUCAACGCCAUAGCUUGGGCGCCGCAUAGUAGUUGUCACAUAUGCACGGCUGGUGAUGAUUCUCAGGCGCUGAUUUGGGAUCUUUCUUCGAUGGGCCAGCCGGUUGAAGGUGGGUUGGACCCGAUUCUGGCGUAUACGGCCGGGGCGGAGAUUGAGCAGCUGCAGUGGUCGUCGACUCAGCCGGACUGGGUAGCGAUUGCUUUCUCGACUAAGCUUCAGAUACUCAGGGUUUGAGUUCUUCUGUUAAUUUACAUUGUAAUUGGAAAUGAUGGACGUUUUUUAUGUGAUUGAAGAUGAUGGUUUUUGUUUCUCUAUUGUUAUAUAUAGAAGUUUCUCCACUGAACAUAUUAGAGUUUCUGAAUAUUUCUGGCGUUAUAUCUCUAGUUGCAUUCAGGCUUUCCAUCUAAAAUUUGGGAUGAUUUCCACUUGUUUCA